AUCGCUGAACACUUUUUCGAGGUAAAGAACGCCGAUAAAAUUAAAGCAGAACUUAAUACUGUCGCAUUGAUAGCAAGAAGAAAUUUGCCGCUUAAAGUGCUACUGCAACAAAAUUUUCGAAUUGUCUUUUUUGGCCUUAAAAGAAACUUCAAUCUUUGCUGAGAAAUAUGAUAUAAAAAUAAUUAGCAGCAACACAUUAAAUUGUUUACAAAAGGCCGCCAAAGUUAUGAGGUCAUGGCGAAUUUCGCACAUCGCUUGUGACGUAGAAAGUAGAACACAUUGCAAACAGCAAACAACAACAAAGCGCACUCCGGUCAGACGUCAGUAGAUGCCUGUCGAAGAUGGAUUCAUUUUAGUUUUACCAAAUUAAAGCAAGAUGCUGGACAGCGAAUACAGCAGCACCAAAAGUAUUUCAGAGCAAUUUUCAUUAAUCGAUAGUUCAACUGACGGAGAUUAUGAAGUUGUGAACUUACAAGCUCACGCUCCAUACCAAGACGAACCACUGGCUCUGCCUGGGCAAGCGCGAGUGAAUUUUGAGGAAGACAAGGAUGGCAUUCCUCGUGAAACACUGGAGGCCAGAUUCGAGAAGAGAGUUGCUGUGAAUGACUGGUGCUCGUGUUCACAGUGUAAAGAUGAACUGUUGGUGGGUGCGUUAGAAUACAGAUGCUGCAGGGAAGUACACUGUGCUAUUGGCAAGGCAGUUUUUGAUGGCACAAUUGAUGGAAUAACAUGUAUCAUCCAACACCGCAAUUAUAACGCAUUGGUCAAUACAGAGGUCCUGAUGAUGGUUGGGCCUUUAUUGAAAGACUCGCAAGGGCGAGCAUACAAGCGAAGAGCAGGACAAGGCAGAAACGAGUAUCUUAGGGCUGUUGCCUACAGAUGGCUAAUUCGUUGGUUCUGUGGUUACCUUGGUUGGGACAACAGAAGACCACUGCCAGCCUGCAUAUACCAUAACAUAAGGACGAAAUUCCAGACAGCUGCUACUACUGGUUAUGCAGAUAAUGAAUAAGACUUUAAGCAUUAAAAUAUUUGAGAGUAACUGUUUAGAUCUGACUCAUUUUCAGUAAAAAUAUGCAAACAUUUCAAAUGUGCCAAAACUUAUGAAUCUGAGGGUCCAAAAGCUCUACAAAAUGAGCUACAGAAUAUGGCUUUUGCCCUCAUGUUUCACUACAUGUUUGUUCCAAAUAUCAGUAUAAGUAGCAGUUGCUCUCAAACAUUUCCAGUCAGUUUAUUUGUUUGAGUGUAUUUAACUUUUGCUAAUUUCUAACCAGUAAAUUUUAAACUUAACCCUUUCCAUACUGAGGUCCACUUUUUUUAUACAAGUUUUGGUAGAACACAAGUGGACUUCAAAUACCGAAAGGGUAAGGCUCUUUUGAUAAAAGCAAAUACUUUCUUUUGCAAAGAAGAGAGAGAUCUGGAGUGUUUCACCAAAAAUCAGUCACACUUUCCACGUUUAUGCCCCUUUGUUGGUUUCCCACAUUUUUUGCAGCAGCGGUUGGUCUUUCUUUUUCUUGUGCUUUCAGCCAAUACAGCUGGUUUCAUUAGGCUUAAUUGCAAGGAUUCUUGUUCAUUUUCUGUGCAAAAAAUUAAACCAACAAUAUAACCACAAAGGCAAAAUAAAAGUGUACCACAACCAAAACCUGUAUUUUGAUUGCAACAUUAGCUGCUGCUGUGCAAAUGUACAUUCUAUAUAAAUAUACACAAAUUAUGAUUUCAGUGAUUAUGAUGGGAAAGGGUAUUGACCCAAAGAUCCCAGAUUGAAUCUGGUCAAUCUAUUCUUACAAAUAUGAACAAUAAGAAUUUGCAAUUACCCCAUUUUCUAUGAGACCUUGAACCAAUGAUUUCUAAAUGGUCCCUUUCAUAAGAAAUUUAUAUAUAUCUUGAUGGAAAACUAGGCUUUCUGUUUAACAAGUGGUUUUCCCUUGCUGUAUGAUCCAGUAUCCCAGUGUAAUUACAUACUGUAUUUCAUCAACAGACAACAGUAUGUGAAGGUUUUUGUCCAAAUAACACAAGAAAAUAUUUUACCUGUAGGGUACAUUGGUGUAGUAGUGCUCUGCUUUAAAAUAUAUUCAGAGAUGGCACCAUUCUUUUGACGUCUGUUUGGGAACUGAGCAGUUAAAGGCUCUGGCACUUUCCGUGUGUACUUUUCCAGGACACUCCCAAGCUCCUCCAAGGGCGUGCUGAACAAAACAUUUCUUAUAUUGUCCACAUAUGCUGCAAUAUGAGGAAAAAUUUAUACAAUUUCAUGGUCUGUAGAUACUCUGGCGCACUGUUACAUAGUAACUGUUUUAUUUUUAAUUCUGAUGCAUAAAGCUAAAUGUGUUUCAGGCUAAUUAACAAUGGCAGGCAAUAUUUUUAUGCAUUAUUAGUCUCAUAACAAUUUUUAACUUGUGGGGUACAAAGCACUCAGUGAAGUUAACUGGAUAGACUACUUUUAAGUUAAAGUCCAACACAAAGAAGUGAUAGAAAAAAGAUAUCAUCCUUUAUUCAUUUAAUUUCAAGACAACAUUAAACCUCAUCAACUAGAAUCAUUUCAUGUCUUUCAAAUAUUUUGCAAGCAAUUGUAACAUUGUGAGUUUUGUGACUCUAACAACAGAACUAACAAAGCCUUUCUCACUGAAGCAGUCUGUAACACAGAAUACCUUUGUUUGAUGUCAAAAUUAGUAGUAAAAUAACAAUUUUAUUGGUUUACUUACCGUAUGUAGGGGGUAUGGCAACU